GAGAGUGAAGCAGACGAGGGCGUUGGCGCCCGGGACGCCCUUGUCUUCAGAGACGGCCGGACGCAAGUUGUUUACAAGGUCGGGACGCUUGGCUGUUGCAUUGCUGGAGAAACCUCUGCCAUAAUCUGCGUAGCGGAACUGGGUGGAAGGAUCAUUGUCGCAGUUCCAGGCGCCGCCUGGGCGAAGAAGGUCGCGAAGCGGAAGCUCGAAAAGACUACGCUCGGCAAGGCCAUCAGCAUUGACGUGGUAGCCUGCUCCUUGUCCGGUUUUGAGAACCCCCUCCCAGAGGUGCUCAUUAAGGCAUGGGUCGGGGUCCUUUCCAUGCACGACGAGGCCAAGGUGGACUUCAGCAACGUGGGCCCGACCUACAGCUUCGGGGAUGGGAUCCUUCCGUUCGCCGAGGUUGGUGAAGGCGGGGACGGAAUCUUCAAACGGAUGAGCCUCGUCAAAUCUGGAUUGGCCGACAUGCGCGAGAUGCUGCAGACCUUGGUGGGGCAGAGGGCCGGGAGCUCGAACAUGGGUGCGAAGCCGAAAGCUUCCCCGCAAAGUGGGAAAAAGACUACGGCGGCCUCGUCCCAGAUGAGCAAGGACCUGGCAGGUCUGGACCUUUGGACUGUGGCAGCGGCACGUGCAGCCGGGAUCCCCGAGGAGAGCCUGAAGGAGAUGGCAAAGCUUGUCGGGGCCAAGAAGACUCGCAUCGAGGAGAACCCCAUCCCAGAGGUGCUGGACGACGAGGAUGGCGGAGAGAUCUUCGGCGAGCUUAUCGAGGAGCCCGAGCUGGAGGAGAUUGUCGAGCAGGACGGCAAUGCAUUAAUGCAGACAGCUGUGGCGCACUUAACCCGCCUUGUGAGCAGCAUGGCCCAGGAGAAGGCGAAGAAGAGUCCAGACCUGGAAGCUGUGCUAGACCAGAGCGGCAGCAGCAGUGCAACUGGAGACAGCUCCUUCGGUGGGGCCCGCAGGUCCCACGCCACCGCUUUGCGAGCCCUGACCAAAGCCUUCAACGACAACCCAAGACUGAUCUUCGAGUCAAUCGAGGGGCAGAUGGUAAAGGACUUUGGCCAGACCCCA